UGUGAACAAUGAUUAAAAUGAGUUGUAUUGAGUUUCUGUGUAUGGAUGUGCUUCAAAUGAUGCUGCAGCUGCUCUUUUGGAUUUAUUUAGAUUUAUUUAGAUUUAUUUGGAUUUAUUUAGAUUUAUUUAGAUCUAUUUAGAUCUAUUUAGAUCUAUUUAGAUUUAUUUAGAUUUAUUUAGAACAAUUUCGAUUUAUUUAGAUUUAUUUAGAUUUCUUCAGAUUCAUGAUUUCGAGGCAGCAAAAUUGUCAACAUGUGGAACAAAUUCAAGGAGUUAGAAUGUCGAUAGUGAUAAUAUUUGGUAGCUCUUGAUCUUCAUGGACUGAGUGCAAGACUUGGGCCUGAUCUUUCAUGCUAAUCAUGUCGAUGUCGCGAGCUUAUUUCGUUCUUGUUGUUCAUCAUCCUGGAGUCAUCCACGAGCAUUGCAGGAGCGUCUUCGCCUAGUACUAGUGUAGGACUACGCAUUUAGGUUUUCACGCGAUAAGCCCAUCUGAUUUGCUAACCGCUUUUGUUUUUCUAGAGUCCAGGACUAGAAACAAAGUGGAGGAUCUGGUCGUAGCAUGUGCUCGGUAGCAGAUCUUGAGAGGUUUGUUUGUAGGCGUAGCGAUCGUUCUGUUGUGAAGUCAAAUUAGAAUUUAAAUUUAUCUUUAGACCGUAUGCGUAUAGGUAUAGACAAUAGAAUCUUCUCCAUCUCGUAGAAUGAAAGACGUACAUGAUUGAAAUAAGCGUACGUAGGUUGGGAUUUGCGGAUUGAUGCUAUAACUUGUUAUAUCAGGGUAGAUAUGCGAUACACGGCUUAGGCCCUAGUAGACUGACAUGCAUGACUAUCAGUUGCAAAGUCUAUCGUGACGUGUGUAUCCGCCUGGGACUUUCACAAACUGGCUGUCGCUGUCAAAGUUAGAGCUCAUCCACGACUUCCAUGCCGCCGGUCUUUAGUAAAUCAUUGCUGUUGAAAGAAAAAACUCAGCUUGGAGCUGGAGAA